AUGACGGUCGUCGAAGACGUUAAUCUAGGUGCUCUUACCUCAACGAGAUUGUUCUUCUAUCCUCUAGUCUUACUCGCCACUGGCCUGUGGUUAUUAUACAGAUGGCAGCAACAGUCGAAACUAUACAAGCUAGGCAACAAACUACCUGGACCUUUGCCAAUACCGCUAUUCGGAAACGCACUAUUAGCUAUUGGCAAGAAACCUGAAGAACUCAUAACAUUGGCGUUAGAAUACGCAGACAGAUACGGAACAGUGGUCCGUGGAUGGCUUGGUACAAAGCUACUCAUAUUUUUGUCAGACCCUGACGAUGUUGAAGUUAUCCUGAAUAGCCACAUACACAUCGACAAAGCCUCGGAAUAUCGAUUUUUCAAACCCUGGCUCGGCGAAGGUCUUCUAAUCAGUUCAGGUGAAAAAUGGCGUUCACAUCGUAAAAUGAUUGCACCCACAUUCCAUAUAAAUAUUCUCAAGUCGUUUGUUGGUGUGUUCAACCAAAAUAGUAAAAAUGUUGUCGAGAAAAUGAGGGGUGAAGUCGGUAAAUAUUUUGAUGUCCACGAUUACAUGAGCGGCGUCACUGUAGACAUUCUCCUAGAAACCGCCAUGGGCAUCACAAAGGAUACACAGGACGAUGCGGGUUUUGACUACGCAAUGGCAGUUAUGAAGAUGUGUGAUAUUAUCCAUCAAAGACAUUACAAGUUUUGGUUGCGUUUUGACUCUAUUUUUAAAUUAACAUCAUUCUUUGAAAAACAGAAGCAACUUCUUGGAAUUAUUCAUGGACUGACAAAUAAGGUCAUUAAACUUAAAAAAGAAAUAUACCAGCAAAAUAAAGCAAAAGGCAUAAUUCCACCUACAAUUGAAGAAGUAACGAGAUCGUCACCUGAAAGUGAAACUACGCUCGCUAACGAAAAAACUCUUGCUGAUACGGUGUUCAAGGGUUACCGUGAUGACUUAGAUUUCAAUGAUGAAAACGAUGUUGGUGCAAAGAAACGUUUGGCUUUCUUGGACCUUAUGAUUGAAUCGGCUCAAAAUGGUACCAACGUAAUUACUGAUCAUGAAAUCAAAGAAGAAGUCGAUACAAUUAUGUUCGAGGGCCACGACACAACCGCUGCCGGUUCCAGCUUCGUGCUCUGCCUCCUCGGCGUCCACCAAGACAUCCAAGAGAGAGUAUACAAUGAGCUGUAUAGCAUUUUCGGUGACUCCGACCGUCCCGCUACCUUCGAAGACACUCUUCAGAUGAAAUACUUGGAGAGAGUCAUUUUCGAAGGCUUGAGGAUGUACCCACCUGUACCGAUUAUCGCUAGAAAGUUGCAACGCGAUGUUAAAAUUGCAACAAAGGACUAUGUACUUCCAGCUGGUGCAACUGUGGUGAUUGGAACUUUCCAAAUACAUAGGAACCCAAAAUACUACAAAAAUCCUAACGUAUUUAAUCCCGACAAUUUCCUACCAGAAAAUACUCAGAACAGACACUACUAUAGUUAUAUUCCGUUCAGUGCUGGACCUAGAAGCUGUGUUGGACGGAAAUACGCCAUCUUAAAACUCAAAAUUUUAAUCUCUACAAUUCUGCGUAACUACAAGAUGGUAUCUAACAUCACCGAAGAUCAGUUUGUACUUCAAGCAGAUAUCAUCCUUAAAAGGAAUGACGGAUUCAGGGUCCAGAUUGAACCGAGGAAGAGGGUCCCGACGAGUGCUUAAUUUGGUGCUCUUAUCAUAUGUACAUUAUAAUAUUCAUUUUUAUGACUAUUAAUUAAUAAUAAUAAGCUUUUAUUUAACAAUAUAAUAUUACCUAUGAGUUAAACUAUAUAAAGGUAAGGUAUAUUUGCAUGUCUAUUUUAUAUUACAAACUUGUAAGCGUACUCGUACAUUUAUAAUGUAUUUUACAAAGCAUUAAUAAC